AGGAGCUGCAGCAAGCUUGUCCGCGAACUGCAUUUGGAGGUCCGUCAUUGCCUACCGGACACCGUGACGAGAGCAGAGCAGAGCAAGAGGUGGCAGUGGGGCGAGAGUGAGUGAGUGAGGGAGUGGAGAUCAACGACAGACAAUAAGCGAGAGGCUGGUCGGCCGGACUCGCGUCCGUCAGUUUGACACGCUAAACUCAAUUGUACGGAACUCCUCGUCUUCGUCGUAAGCUGACAGACACAUCGGUGGCAGCUUAGUCACUCGUACCUAACGAUUCAAGCCUGGAAUUCUCUCUAUGCAAGGUUCAUUUGCCUUCGGUAUCGCCAAAAGCGGGGUCAAUGGACUGCCCGGCGUUCGUCGUGCGGCCACGGCCUCCCAGAUCGGCGGACGUUUGUCUUCGCCCAGCUCCCCAGUAAGCGCUGAUAACAGUGUAACUGGCACUACUGUCAGGUUCGACGAGGGUGUGUCCCUGGGCACCAUGUCUACCAUUCCGCGAGUGGCCUCAUCGCCCAUCGCUUUCGUAGACUUGGGUAGUGAUCAGGCGGCACUGGCGGCCAAAGCGACGGUAGCACGUACAGACAGCGUGAUCAGGAAGACAACGCCUCCUCCCGAGGCGACACAGGUAGACGAACUGCACCCGAGCAAGCGAGGAACCUUAGUGGACAAGACGAAUCCGUUCAUAGGGUACUUCCAAACAGGGACGGAAGAGAAUGAUGCAUUAGCGGCAACAGCACCGACCACUCCGAUGCCGUCGCCGCCUCCAGCACCAGUGCGGCGUGUGCCCAUCCGCACACAGAGCAGCGCGACACUUUCGUCCAUGUCGUCGUUUUAUCCGUCAGUGUUCCUUACGUCUCAUAAGAGGACAGAGUGGCUUGGCUCGCAAGGUAGUCGUCUGCCGAGUUUCUUCAAGCAGCGAGAUGCAAUGGAGUCGACGCAGCAGAAGCAACAGGACGAGCAGAAGAAGCGCACAGCGUUCUUAGAUUCGUUGAAAUGGGAGCCGUCAGCGUUGGCCGUUCAGACCACAGCGGAUGAUUAUCGAGAGGGGCAGAAACAAAAGCAGAGAGCGUCUUUCAAGCGUACAUUGUCCAUGCCGGCGGCUAUGUCUGCAAAGGAAGCGGUCGCCGCACUGUCGCCUAUCGUAACGACGUCGAAAGAGGUGAAGGACUUCAGUACACCCUCCAGCGCUACUUCAGAUGAUACGUGCACUUCAAACUCGCGCUUUGAGCAGGAUUUCGAGGUCGUGGGCUCUUUAGGUGAAGGUGGUCAAGGCUCUGUCUUCAAGGUUCGAAGCAAGGUUGAUGGAUGCUACUACGCGAUCAAGAAGGUGGUGCUGCCUCGUGCUACGGAGCUGGAUGCCAACCGCGCGGAAAGUCAAGCUCUGCGUGAAGUUCGCUUGAUGGCGUCCAUGUCUCCGCACGCUAACGUGGUGCGGUAUCAUACAGCGUGGACAGAGGUGGACGCGUGUGUUCCACACAAGAGCUCGUCGACGGAGAGCCUUCGCGGCUCGGAUGUACCUUCGCUCGAGAGUGAAUGCAGUCCUGAAAACCUUGAACGACAGCAACUGGAACUUCUGGAUGAAGAGGCGGAACUGCGUAUGAGCAGCAUGGAAGCUGAAGAUCAGUCGUUUUCGCUUGAGUUUUCGUCAGAUUCACUUGGUUUCGACGAGUAUUCCACUCCUGGAUUUACUUUCGAGGACGAAGGUGAAGACGUAGACUCGGUGGGUUUAACUGUGGACGAUGAGGCUGCGUUCGGACAACCUGGCGAGCUGAAGAACGAGAUUAAUCGUGCUACCCAUGCUUCCCCGGCGGCACCGGUGGCUAUGAAGGCGCAGGUGAUCUUGUACAUCCAAAUGGAAUUAUGCGGGACGGCAGUGAACUCCGUACCUUCAACCCCGACUUCUUCAAGUAGCCACGAGCCAAUUCAUCGUAUUCUGGACCAGUUGAAGACACCCCAGCCAGAACUGCAGCAGUUUGGCGACGAAACUCACUCAAACCUGGGAGCGUGGCUUCGAUCGUCACUAGAGGAACGAUCGGCAUGGUCUAACACCUCCGAUGUUCACCAAGAAGGACUAAAGCUGUUUCUCAGUGCAGUUCAGGGUGUAGCUCACAUGCAUUCGUACGGCGUAAUCCACCGAGACUUGAAGCCUGACAACAUCUUCAUCCACGGUGACCAAGCGAAGAUUGGCGACUUCGGUCUGUCCAAGUCUGUGUUUACAGACAGCUCGUAUGGUGUUGUGUCACCUCGUGAGCGUCUACAGGAAUUGGGUCUCAGCGACGGAGAUCACACGACAGCGCUCGGCACUUUCACGUACGCGUCUCCUGAGCAGCUUGGGUACCGCUUCAGCAGUAGCAAUCUAUUGAAGAACGCUGCGACUCGUCUAAAAAGCGCCAAGUACUCGAUCAAGUCGGAUAUCUUUGCGCUGGGUGUGAUUUUAUUGGAGCUGUGCUGUCCGUUCAGCACAAUGAUGGAGCGUUCUCAAGUGCUGACAGGUGUGCGUCACGGCGUUGUGCCUCAUAAGGCACGACAACACUUUUCAAUGGAGAUGGAUCUGGUGCUGCGUAUGACUUCAAUUGACCCUGGUGAGCGACCCACGAGCGAAGAAGUUGGCGAGCAACUACGCAAAAUACUGGCUGCGUCAAGUACCGUGGUUACGCCAGCCUCAGCUCUGGAGGAGUUGCGGGAGCUUCAAGCGAAACUCGUAGCUGCUGUCCGCAAGGUACGUGAUCGCUCACAAGCUACGCUGCAGCUUGAGGCCUUAGUCUCCGAGUUGAACGACAAGGUCCAGAACGUUGGCAUUGCUCUUGCCUAAGCAAGUGGCACAUUGUGGAAAGAAAAUCUCUGAAACCCAACGAAAAAGCAAAUAUCAACAGCGAAGCAGCGCGAGACAAGCUACGCUGGCGGAUUCCGUGAAGGUGUCUGACAGACAAGUUGUUCUCGCUAACUAUGAAGUAAAACAAGCUGCACCCACGAUAUCGUGCGUGUGUGAAAUGUA